CUUCAAGCGCAAAACACCCAUCCACCAAGUCCCAAAGCUUCGUGGGAACGGCCUGGCACUGCAGACAUGAGGGAGCACAGUCCAGCCGCAUCGGAGCCGGAUAUAGACUUUACUGGUGCACUUCUUGCGGAAACCAACGACGAUGGCGGCCUGUCAGAUGAUAGCGACAGCGCAUUCAUCCAAGCAGCCCAGCAUGCCGCCAACCGCAAGCCUAGUGCGCAGGUGAAUGCAGGGACAGGCAAGCAGGGCAAGAAGAGCGCAGGAUCUGCCUUCCAAACGAUGGGCCUGCUUCCUUCUUUGAUCAAGGCCAUUACACACAAAGGAUUCAAAGUACCAACACCAAUCCAGCGCAAGACCAUCCCGCUCGUCCUAGAGAAGCGCGAUGUCGUUGGCAUGGCACGUACAGGAUCGGGAAAAACGGCUGCUUUUGUGAUUCCCAUGAUUCAGCAUCUCAAGGCGCAUACGGCCAAAUCAGGUGCGAGGGCCAUCAUCAUGUCGCCUUCCAGAGAGCUAGCCAUUCAGACGCUGCGUGUGGUCAAGGAACUGGGCAAAGGGACAGACCUCAAGACAAUCUUGCUCGUCGGUGGAGACUCUCUCGAAGAGCACUUUGCUGCCAUGUCCGGCAACCCAGACAUCAUCAUUGCCACCCCUGGCCGAUUCCUGCACAUCAAAGUCGAAAUGUCCCUGUCCUUGUCUUCUGUUGAAUACAUCGUCUUUGACGAGGCGGAUCGUCUCUUUGAAAUGGGUUUCUCUAACCAGCUGACAGAAGUGCUCCAUGCUCUACCUGCGACACGACAGACUUUGCUCUUUUCCGCAACGCUGCCUGUGUCUCUUGUUGAAUUUGCCAAAGCUGGUCUCACCGAUCCGAUCCUUGUGCGUCUCGACGUCGACAGCAAAAUCUCAAGCGACCUCGAGAGUGCCUUCUUCAGUGUCCAAACAACAGAAAAGGAAGGCGCCUUGCUCUACCUUUUGUCGGACGUCAUCAAGCUCGAGACACAGCUCGAAAAGAAGAAGGAGAAGAAGCGCAAGCGUGAACAAGUUGCUCCCAAUGCGACCAUCAUCUUUGCCUGUACAAAGCACCACGUCGACUACCUCGCCACGCUCCUUACCAAAGCUGGCUAUAAAGUCUCAUACAUCUACGGAGCUCUGGAUCAGACUGCACGUCGCAAUCAAAUUGACAGCUUCAAAUCCGGCGAGACCAAUGUUCUGGUUGUGACGGACGUCGCUGCUCGUGGUAUCGAUAUCCCCAUUCUAGCCAACGUCAUCAACUACGACUUCCCGGCACAGCCAAAGAUUUUUGUACAUCGCGUUGGUCGAACUGCGCGAGCUGGAAAGCGUGGAUGGGCCUACUCGCUUGUUCGCGCCGAGGACUGCGCGUAUGUGCUCGACCUGCAGCUCUUUCUAUCUCGUCGUCUUGUCCUCGGAACAGAGCAACAGACUGGCGUUGAUUUUACCAAAGAUGUUGUGCUGGGUUGCCUUCCCAGAGACGGCGUCGAGCGUGGCUCAGAAUGGGCAAACAAGGCCGUCUCGGACGACGUUGACCUGAAGGCCAUGAAGUCUGUUACUGUCAAAGGUGAACGACUCUAUCUCAAGACACGUCCAACGGCCUCCACAGACUCAAUUCGCAGGGCAAAGGAAGUAAUUCGCAGUGAUGCCUGGAUGACCUUGUCGCCGCUCGUCAAUGCUGCUACUUCCGCAGAUGCCGACCGUCUUGCCAUGCUCAAGCGUGUUGGCUCCUUUCGACCGCACGAAACAGUCUUUGAGAUUGGUCAUCGCGGCAACAAUGAAGCCGCCAAUGUCAUGCGCACUCGACGGCAUAAAGUCGUGAUUGGUGCACGCCCAGCUGCCGAUUUGGAGACGGAGGCGCCUGCUGCCAAGGAAGAAGCACAACCACAAGAAGAGGAAGCAGAGGAAGCCGUCAUCGAAGCUGCCUUUGAAGAGCCACAGGCCAAACGCAAGAAGAGGAAGUUACAAGGCUUCCGCGAUACGGAAAACUAUAUGGCACACUACGAUCCGAGUGCAAACGCGAUGGAUCACGCAUACGAUGUCAACUCCUUUGCAGAGGCUGCUCGUAAUGAACAGCUUGAUCUGGCAACAGACGAAGGCAAAGACGCAAAAGGUGUGCGAAUCGGUGGCAAAGUCUGGGACUCGAAGCAAAAGAAGUUUGUCAUGGCCGCCAACCUCACAGACGGCAGUCAUGGCGACAAGAACCGCAUGAUUCGAGGUGAAAGCGGUGUCAAAAUUCCUGCUACUUACCAAGCGGGUCGCUUCAGAGCGUGGCAGACGGCCACUAAAAACAGAGGUGCUGAAGUGAUGCCGUUGGAUACGAUGGCACCGGGAGGCCGAGGAGGGCGCGGUGCUGGUGCAGGCAAGUACAAGCAUGCUGGCAUGAAGGCACCCAAAGCGGCCGACAAGUUCAGAGAUGACUACCAUGUGCAAAAGAAGCGCAUCCAAGAAGCCAAUGAGCGUACGGGUGGGCCUGGUGCCAAAACAGAGCUCAAAAGCAGCCAUCAAAUUCGCAAGGAUAGGGAUCUCAAGGCCAAGCGCAAGGACAAGAAUGCACGGCCGAGCAAGAAGGGAGGCAAGAAGCGUAGAUAAGUCAUGCAUUGAUUCAUAUAUUAUACUAUCUGAG